AUGAAGUCAUUCACCCUUUCUACGGCUGCGCUUAUCGCAGGCCUUAUCUCUACGACUACUGCGCAAACCCAUACCGACUGUUAUCCCCUCAACACCACAGGAUGUCCAGACAUGGAAGCGCUCGGCGGAAACGUCACCUUCAACUGGAACAAGACUGGUAUCCCCAAUGAUGACAAGAUCUGGAGGAUGCCCAACCAGGGCAAGAUCGACUGGGUCGAGAAGGGCGCGACCUUCACCAUUGGGCGAUCGGGCGACUCCCCCACAGCCAACUCGGUGUUCUACAUGCUCUUCGGUCGCCUUGAGGUUGUCAUGAAGGUGGCUACUGGUACGGGUAUCAUCUCCAGUGCCAUCCUGCAGUCGGAGGCGCUUGACGAGAUCGACUGGGAGUUCCGUGGCGACAACAAGAUGAUUUUGACCAACUACUUCGGCAAAGGAGACACUUCGACCUACGACCGUGGCAAAGACUUCGACCAGGGCUUCAAUCCACAGGACGACUUCCACAACUACACCAUCGAUUGGACCGAGGACCGCAUUGAGUGGUGGGUGGAUGACAAGAAGGUCAGGACUCUCACCCACGAUGAGGCUCAAGGAGGAACGCGAUACCCCCAAACACCCAUGAAUAUUCGUCUUGGUUCGUGGGCUGCUGGUGACCCCAACAAGAACGACCCCGGUGUCGUCGAGUGGGCUGGUGGCAAGACAGACUUCACCAAAGGUCCCUACACCAUGACGAUCCAGUCCGUCUACGCACAGGACUACACGAACGCUGCAAAGUACUCCUGGGCCGAUAUGGAUUCCUCUGGCGAUUGGCAGAAGGUUAAGGUUAUCGAGGGAAAGUCCGAGGUCCUCGAAGAGAUCCAAUCUCCUCACGGCGUUAGGAACCGAUUCGAGUCCCUUUCCAAGGGCGCCAAGAUUGGUAUCAUUGCUGGCGUCCUCGGAGCAGUAGCAAUUGGCGCAGUCGUCUUCCUCUUUUGCUGCAUCAAGAGGCGCCGCGAGGGCAAGAGGGAGGCCCAGGCUCUCCUAGCUGAAGAGCAAAAGGAGGCUGCGGAGCUCAGCAAGUACAAGGCCCAGAUGCAGGCCGGUAGGUUUGCCAUGGGAUCUAACCGUGUAUAA